CCCCUUUUCACUGUCUGGUAACCCUUGGGAUUGCUCCUCUAGGAAUAAUAUAAUUCCCCUCUGACUCUCUUGAUACAACAACCUCAUCAUGGGCAAGCUUCUAGUCCUCUGUGCAGUGAUUCUUGCUUGCAUCAGUGUUGGAGCUGCUGUGCAGUGCUUGAAAUGCUCGUUCACAUUUUUUGACAUCCCCUGCCACACCACAACUGUCACCUGCGAAGCUGGACAGGUGUGUGCUACCAUCCGAGGAAGAGCAGCUGGACAGAAGUUGAUCAAGAAGAGAAACUGUGUCGAUUCAGACAAAUGCAAUAAGAACGAGACUGCCUCCUUUGCUGGAAUCAGCUACGUCACCACCUAUGACUGCUGCGAAGGCGACUUCUGCAAUUCAGCUGCCACCUUGCCCUCUGCCCACCUCUCCUUGCCCAUGGUCCUGGCUAUGCUGGGUGUCUGGUUUGUUCGCCUCCUCUAAUUGCCUCCUCUAAUCCACCUCAGAAAGCAAUUUCUAUAGGAUGCGAAAAGAAAAAAUAAAAUUAGGCUUACCAAACACUGUAUCAAAUAGGUUUCCCUCUUCCAUGUUUUGUUUUGUUUUUUUAACUUAAAGGGCCCUUUGUUAACAAAUUAUGGCUUGUAUUUCUUUCUAAAUGUCUGCUACUUUUAAAUCAAAUGAACCAGUGAUGCGUGGAAAAUGUUACUUUUGGAGGAAGAGUGUCUGGAGGAAAAAAAAGUCUCCCCUUUUGAACAAUGCUCUUUUGAUUUUACUUUUUGAUUUGUGGAGGGAUACACAGACAACGAUUUUACUGCAAAAUUUACUGGGCAUCUGUCUGAUAAAUCAUGUAUUUUUCUAGAGGUAACUAAGCUACUUUAGGAUGAGAGAGUUCAACAUAAAUUGCAUUCAUUAGUUUUGACUAUCUGGAAAUUGCCUUUCCAGUAGGUUUAACAUGUACAUUGUGUUAAAGUCACAAGCUGGUAAAACAAUUUCCAGUAUCCACUUUCUGGCGCUGGUGUGAGCAGACAGCAAGACUGAACCACAUGAUCUCUUGGGUGCCUGUUGAGUGGGAAAAUGCCCCUGAAUAUCUUAUACCUUUGCUGGGGAUUUGGGGAUAUAUUCUCACUUCACAUAAGGCCUAGCUAGAUCUCAUACACUGAGGAUAUUCUUUGCAGAUGCCGUGAAAAUCUGAAGCUGAAUUUGGAUUCAUUUUUCUUUUCCAUCUUGGUUCCCCCUCCUUUUAUUCACCACAUCAAUACAUGCUUUUCCAGAUCUAUUCAUUCCUUGCUAGUCUCUAUUUAGAGAGACAGUGUAGUGUAGUGGUUUGACUAUUAAACUAUGACUCUGGAGACAAGAGUUUGAUUCCUCGCUUGACCAUUGCAACCACAGUGAGAUGUUGAGUGAGCCACAUACUUUCAGCCCCAGAAAACCCAGUGACAGCAUCGCCAUAAAUCGAAAACAACUUAAAAUCACACAACAACUCUAUUUAGCCUGAUGCAAUAAAGAACAGGGCUCCUGUCCCUUCCGUGGCUGUGUAGAAGUGGACAUUUGUUGUGUGACACUUGCUGAAUUUCUGUUUUCUACACAAGCAAAAAAGGUACAGGAAACCUGUCCUUUAUUUCACCUAGCAAUCUUACUUUAGUCCAGAGCUGGGGAAAUCUUUGGGAAACCCUCUAUAGGUUUUGGGCUACAACUCCCAUCAGCCCCAUAUGCCAUGAAGGAAGGGAUAGGCCAAAAUAUCUGGAAGGCCAAAUGUUCCUCAGGCCCCAUUUACUUUGUUCUUAGCAUUUUCGCCCACUUAGUGUUUUCUAUCCCUCUUCUCUCCUUCCUCUUGUUAAUAGACUCUUUCUAGCCUCCUUCACAGCAAGUGUAUUCCACUCCCUUCCCAGUUAUCUGCCAUCUGACUCACUCAAGAUAUAACCACUUUUCCCUCUUUUCAUCAGUUAGGCUUUGGCAUGUUUACACACACACACACACACACACACACUGCACUCCACCUGCUCCUGAUGACACACUGAUGGCAGCAAGUCAAUGAGGGAGACAGGCCAAAUGUUGGAGGACUCCAGACUGUAGUUACCCAACACAGAGUGCACGUUUUCAGCAUUGGAGGCAUGCCAGCAUCCAGAUAUAGAAAAUCAAGCAUACUAGCUGAACAGAGAACUGUAAACAUUUAUUUUUAGUUGUUGCUACAAGUUUUUCAUGCUGCCAGGAUACGGAUUGAAAUUUGCCAGCAGCUCCACAUUUUAUCUUGAGACAUACAUAUUUUUAAACCAGGGGUUGAGGGGAAAUAUUUUGUUCUCCUCAUGUUUUGGAGUCCCAUCUCUCACAAGAUCCACCCAGUCAUGGCAGCCAGUCCUUUGAAAGUUGCUCUCCAAAACAAGAGGCCAAAAGUCCUUUACUCCCGUUUUAAAAGUACACAUGUAGCUGCAUACAUUUCCAGCCAUCUGUAAGUUCACAUGGCAGGAAGGAAAAGGUGAAGUUCGAAACACAAAAACACACAUUUCUACAUCCAGCCUGUCUUUCUCUAAGUACCUGCUGGCAGGACAAUGUGCAGCCUUGUCUUUGUGGACAAUUUAGGGAGUGACACUCUAAUCAAUGUUCAUCUUCAGAAUUUGGCAGGGCCAAACAUUUCAAGCAUUGCCUUACCAAGUGCCUUCGCGCCAUGUACAUGCACUUCUUGAAUAAUCUAGAAAUAGGAUGGUAGAUUAGAUGACCUCUUGAUUCUUUUUAAUUCAAGAAUUGUUUCUGUUGACCUUUUGCUUCUCAAAAUGGCAGUUGUGUCAACAAGAUACAUGUUUCAGUGACAAUCAAAAACCUGGAAACAGAUGCUCCCCAAAUAUAGCAUUGCCUUACCUUGUGCUUGUGCCAUGUACCUGCGCUUCUUGAACAAUACAGAAAUGGAAUGUAGACUAGAUGACCUCUUGAUUAUUAUUAUUUAUUCAAGAGAUGUUUUUGCUGAAGUUUUGCUUCUCAAAGUGACACUUCUGUCAACAAAAUGCAUGUUUCAAUGGCAACCAAAAACCUGGAAAUAGGUGCUCCCCAAAUACAACAGGACACUAAAAGACACUGAAACAGUAUGUAGACUAUGUUGUAGUCCACUAUAUCUUAACAGUACCAGGUUGUCUGGAUAGAAAAUAAGCUUUUUAUCUUUCCUCAUGUGUCUAUGUAAAAAAACUUGCAUUUUUAAAAAUGAUUCCUAGUUUGGAUUCUAGAAUGUCAAUUGUUUUAGAAAUUUUUUAACCUUCAAAGGUGUGGCUAGCUGUUAUUAACGCAUUUUAAAACACAUCAGUUUCUCCCCCCACUGCACACACAUACCCAGCAAGAAGACCCCAAACUGUUAUCCAGUAUAUAUUUCUAUAUUUUUUAAGGAUAAGGUGCUUUAAUAAUAGAAGUUCAAAUUUUAUUUUGAAGUAGAAAAGGAAUCAACUUUUGCAGCACUUUUAGGUUGCAGUUUUGUACCUCAGUACCUGGAAAUAAACAUAAUGGAGACUCAAGAAGGAAUGAAUUGUGAUGUUCUUAUAUAAAAUUAAAUAUGAUUCAUUUGUAUAACUGAGUUUAUCAUAUUUUGAAACCCACUUCAAAGAUGGCUGAAACUGUUCCUUAUCAAAUGGAGCAAAGUCUCUGAUUUCUGUUUCUGUGCCUGCACAUUUUGAGUUGAUGCUUGCAUACCAAAUAUCUGAAGGGAAUUUUUUAAAAACUGCUUUGUUUAUCAAAUUACUGGGUACUGCUAGCCCUGGCAGAUGCAAACUGGCUUUGGAAAAUACAGUGUUUCCCUCUGCUGGCACCUCUGAGAUUGGCAGGCUGCCUCAGCUGGCAUCCCUCCUCCAUUUGCGUGUUCUGUUAUUUCUGAAUCGAGUCAAAAAGAUUGCUGUGCUGAAUAAAGUUUGACUUGAUAUGAA